GAAUUCUUGAUCGGAGUGCUACUCUUUGCUUUAACAACUUUCAUCGCCCCUGUUGGGUUGCUACUGAUAAGGACGGACAUGCGUCGCUCGUCUACUGUAAGCACAACAGAGGAUCACGUGCUGAAAGGGCACACCAUUCACAAACAACAUACUUAUGACUUCCUGUCAUGCGCACAGCUAUGUUUGGCACACCAAAGCUGCAUGUCGUUUAAUUACCAAAGCGUCGAAAAUGGAGUUUGCGAGUUGAACAGAGAAGUUUCACCUGUAAGCAUUUCAGUGGCACUCACCUCUAAAAGGGGGUAUACUUUUGGACACUUUGUUCAGCAUAAGUGUGAGUAUAAUAUAUUCAUUCACUGUACUGUUUACUUAACGUUCUUUGGGCCAUCCCCCCCUUUUUUUCGUUUAGCGUCGAAUGCGUUUUCUGAUAUUGGGUCGGUCGGUCGGAUUGAAAAAAAAACCUAAAAAAAACCUAAGAAGUCUCGGAAUAGAAGGCCCUGGUACCCCAGGACGUCAUUAAAAGUUAACAUUCACAUAUUUGGAUUAACAAACUGCACAAUAUACUGUAAGAAAUUUUCAUGUUUUUGUUCCUGUUGUUCUCUGUCAUGUUAGUAUGCCCAUUUUUCAGAUUAAAAGAAUAUUUCAAGAGAAAAUGGUUUAACUAUGUCGUUACUUUUUUUUUCUUGAAAAUGCCAAAAAUUUGGGUCGGUCGGACGACGCCAAACGGAGAAAAAAGAGAGAAUGGCCUUAGUUAGCCAGACUCAGUUAAAAUAAGUUUUAUUAAUAUAGGUAAUAGCAUGAUUUGCAGUAAUAUUUGGCAUAAGUACCACGAGUGAUGUUGCAAAAUUGUUAUACGUAAUUUCACGAGCCGUUAGGCGAAUGAAAUUUGAGACAAUUUUGAAAUAUCACUCCUGGUAUUUAUGCUAAAUAUCAGGUACAAAUCAUGCUAUCAAUUUGUUUACACUACUACCCGCAAAAGGUUUGUAAUUUUCACCAGUAGGUAUUUAACAAUUAAUGAAUUCGGCUUUCGCAUCUUAUGAAGAAUUAUGGAGAUCGAGGAGGGUGUUAUCUGCCGAGGCCGUAGGAUAACACCCUCCGAAAUAAUUCCUAGUUUAAAAACAUAGCUAAAACGUGCUUACCUCCAUCGAUGUUAAGUUCAUCUUCUUUUGUGCACGUUUUGGGUUGUUCAGCUCCGCAAAUAUUCUCCAAUAGCAGAUGUCACCCUUCGAGUUGUCAUCUUGCUGUUCUUUCCAUGUUUUUAUCUAUUAUUUCGCCUAGCUCUUACUCUUGACACGAGUGACAUGUCCGCCAUUUUUGUUUUCACAACCAACACAACUCAACCUCGUCCCCAGGUCUUCUCGGUUAACGGUACAUUGACCUGCAAGGAAGCUGCACUUUUAACGUCAUCGGUUGAUUAAUCGCAAAAAUCUUCCAAAUUUGGUCAUCAGUAGGCGGUUAUGGUGAAUUAUGCGUGUGCUUUUAGCCAUUCAGAAAGGGAGAAAUAUUUUGAAUGAAUAAUAAUUCUAAUUAAGCUGAAAUACCACUGCUCUAAGCCAAUCAAAUUGCUGAAAUUUCUCAUGUAGUAGUAUAAACAAAGAAAUAAAUAAAGAACUCUAUUAAAACACAUCAAACUGUUCAUCAUAUCUUUCAUAUGUCAAACCUGACUGGGCAGCAUCUCAUUUAUAUGUCACUUUGCUAGUCAGCAAUAUAACUUAAAAUAGGCACACCCAAUUAACUAAAUCGCCCUACCUUACAACUUAACCUCAACAUCUUGGUGGUGUUUAACGAAAGAAAUGAAUAAGAAAAAUGAUCUUAAUGCCUCGAUUUUAUUCAGAACGUAUGCAAACGUUUCGCUUUUUGGGCUUAUUGGUUUAUGCCCCAUAUCCUCCCUCUCCCCUCCCAGCUCAACACCCACCUGAAAAAAAGAAACCUAAAUUGCCCUUCCACGCAAGUAAAGAAAAGAUAGUACAUUGCAAGUCUGCCUUUCAAAAGGAUAUUACUGUAAUAUAUCAUCCUAUCUAUAUCUAAAUUCUUUCACAAGCAAAUCAAGUCGAAAUUUAUUUUCAUAGCUGAGGCACAUGCAUGCAGAUAGGAUGUGGAGCUUGAGCUAGGAGCCCUGGGAUUUAUUCCAAGAAAACCAAGAGAGAAAAAUUCCUCAGGAGUAUCAAUUUUUGUGAGAAAAGUUAAAAGGGUGGCAACGAAAAAUACGCACAAAAAAUGAUAAAGUACAAGGGCCUAGCUUAGGCAAAUUCACAAAUUAGAGCAUAAAUCCUCUAUAAAUGCUACACGGUCUCGUCGCGUAGGCUAUCUGAAAACGUUUAAAGGAAUAGAGCAGUAUACAAGUAAGAAAAUAACAACUACAGAUUUAGCAGUGUACUUCUAGCACUGGACAUUUCUUUAGUCUACAAAUUGACCUGAACUACCUUAUUCAUUUUAGGGACCUGAUAUUUCAGCCGGCGGAGGACGAAAUGGUGAGUUAACAGACAGGCAGAUGAUGGUCUACUUGGUCCGGGUUACGUAGGGGGGCAGGGGGAAGGGGGCUGGUCCCGGUUGUUUAGUAGUAAUAGAUUGACCUCUUUUAACUCUUCCUUUGUCUUAGACGUUUUAGGCGUUUUAGUGAUUAUUCACCUUUUCUCUAAUUACUUCAGACCAUAAAUAUGUCUUUACGACACUGGGUGCCAGAGAAGAAACUGGACCGAGUGAUAUAUCUGGAUAUGCAGGAACGUCACUGGAAGGAAAAGUUACUUUAAACAACGGAAUCCAAAUUUGGACUGUGCCCGUGACUGGAACUUACGUUAUUGAAGCAUCAGGUGGUUCUGGAGGAAAUGGUACGGAUGGAACACAAUCUUAUCCGCUUCCUUGGACGCUUGGUGGCUUGGGCGCAAAGAUAAUAGGAUCCUUCAAACUUUCCCGAGGAACUCAACUGAAAAUCCUAGUCGGACAGGAGGGUGUUACAUCUCUAAUCUUCCCUGAUAGACCAGGGGGAGGGGCUGGUGGAACGUUUGUAACCCUGUCUGAUGACACGCCACUUAUAAUUGCCGGUGGGGGAGGGGGAGGAGGGACAGCACGUAACCAAUAUACCGACGGUGACCCAGGUCAGGCGACAGGGAAUGGGACCCAGUGUGGGGGAACAGGGGGCAGCGGGGGACAACUCUGCAAUGCUGACACAGGGAACAGUGAUUCUAGUUUAAGGUCUGGAGCAGGAGCAGGACUAAGUGGGGAUGGGAAAAGCGGUGUUGCAUUUGCAACCAAGGCGUUGAGUUUUACCAAAGGGGGAACUGGGGGAACAUGUCCAAGUUCCAAUGGUGGUUUUGGCGGAGGUGGGUUUGCCAUGAUUAUUGGAGGGGGAGGGGGAGGUUAUUCCGGUGGGGGAGUGGUGGGAACUAAAACUAAAGGUACCGCUGGGGGAGGGGGAUCAUAUAAUGCUGGUACAGAUCAGAAGAACAUGGCGGGGGUCAACAAAGGCGAUGGUGAAGUUAUAAUAACUUUGAUACGUUAAUGUUAUCUACGUUCCUCGUCAGAGUUCCAACCCAAAGAAAAUGGGGCUAGCUUAAUGUUCAAGUAGAUCAAAGAACUUAUGUUAGGAAGGUAAGACAGGAAUUAGAGUUGGAAAAGUUCAAUAAUGCUCAUAAGUGCCACUUAACAUGACUUAAUCUUCCUGUACUUUAAUGAACAAAAAUACAUGUUACUUUCAACCUAUUCUUCGUUUAAAACAAUUGUAAUUUCAUCAACCCUAUGGCGCAUCAUGUUUCACAGUACGACGAGUUCUAUGGUCAUUAACGCCUGUAUUAUUAUUGUCCGUUACGUUACGCAUUUUUUUCCCAGGAUUUCAGUACUCAUAGUUUGCCUAGACAAAGAAAUUGACGAUGGCUUCACAUUUCUCCUGUUUGCCAGAUAUAAGCUCUGGUUCCUCGUGUUCCAAGAUCCGCAAGAUGUAAGCCUAGAGGAGCAGGAUUAAGAGGAGAUGGGAAAGCGAUAGUGGAAUUGUAACAAGAUCGUUGAGUUUCGAACGUGGGGACUGGGGAACAUGUCCGGCUUUCCCUGGCUGUUUUGGCGGGGUUGUGGCUACCAUGGUACUUGGGGGGGGGCGGUUUUUCCGGUGGGGGAGCAGAACAUAGCGGGUGUUAAUAAAGGCGAUGGUAAAGUUACAGUAACUUUGAAACAUUAAACUUAAAAAAGACUCUUCCUCAGUGGCAAGGUAGUCUCUCAUUGAUGUAAAUAUACGUAGCCCUUUUUUAGCAGCAUAUCCAUUGUAUCUCUUUUCACCAGUAGACCGUAUCUGCAAAACCGAAACAAAAACUGCUUUACGCUUCAUGUUCGUAGCUUUAGCAAGGCUUAAUUUAAAUAAACAAACCAAAAAUGCCAUUUUGGACUCAUUACCUAGAUGGCAUACUUUUACCCCUCCCCACUCCUAACGUUAAUCAAGGUGGUGCGAUUUCAAGUACAUUCAUGAAUCUCAUUUAAUCAGGUUUUGUAGAUCAGUUUUAAGCACACGUAAUGACUAAAUGUAAAACAAAUCUCAGAGAAAUGAAUAAAGUAGUAAAUUUCUAAAGAAAGUCUGUGAGGCAUUUUCUGAACAUAAUGAAUUAUAAUAGCGGAAAUUUGUCGGCGGGAAAAGAUAAAACAGAUGGAAAAACCAGUGCUUCUCUACUCCUAGUAGUCUAUUACUGUGGAAUUGUAUGAUGAGUUUUUCGGUACAAAAUCAAAGUAAAUUUAUUUAUCUCAUCACAAUUCUUAUUAUCAAAAGUACCAGAUGAAGCGAGGCGGUAAUGGUUAAAAAAAAGCUAAGAAUCCUGCAUGGUUAGAAUUCUAAAGCAUGGUAUCCCUAUCUGCUCCGAAAAGUCAAUAUUCCGCUAAACAAAAUUCUUUCGAAUACGGUCUUGUCGUACUUGUAACCCAAAUUAGCCCGUGUACAGCCGCCCCCUCCUCUAGAAACUCCCCGACAUUUUUUUAGCGAAGGAGGCGUCUGUACACAUGCUAAACACACUGAAAUAAACUAGGCGCAAAUAAAACUUAAAUAUCAUGAGAAAGGAAAUGUGAUAGCUUUUAUCAGCACAUGUUUUAACCUAAACAAAAUUCUUUUGAAAAAUCUGCUGUCUCUAUGGCUCAUAGAGAGGUUGAAAUCCCUAAACCCGUUCUCUUGCCAGACACAACAAUAAAAUGUCUGUAGAGUUUUAAAUAGAAAUCAAAUCUGUUGGCAUCAGAAAAUUAGAGAGGAUGUUGCAAAGUUCAGUAGAGGUUCGGAGGAGAACGGACUGUUGAAAGAAAUUGACGGUGGCUUCAAAUUGUUCCUGUGUGAAAGAUAAAAGCUCUAUUUCCCUCAUGACUGAAGUUCAUAAACCUUGCAAAGGCGCGCGCGGAAUUGUUCCUUGGAGAGACUUCCACAUGAAAGAUGUUCUUCGCUUAGGGCCUGCGUAAAUUGCAGACUUUGUUACUUAUUAGGGUGUUCAGAACAGAAAAAAAAAUUUUGUUUUACCAGACUAGUCUCCUUCAGGGUUAAAAUUUUAAUUUUCUAACCAGCAUUCCCGUUGCUUUCAUACGGGAGUCACCCUCGCGGGAAUUGUUUUGAUUCUAAUAGAUCCUACGUUGUUUUGUAGUUUAGCGUGGUCGAUUUUUCAUUUCAGACAGGGAUGUGUCACUCUAAAAGAGGCCGAAAUGAAUCUAUAAAUCAAUCGAUUUGGAACCAUCAAAUGUUGUACACACUAGUCGAGGGGGCGGGGUAGAAAAACAAUAGAAUGCACCCCCCUGCCCCCCCCGUUUCUAUUGUAAUUCUUAAUUUUUCCUUUAGGUUUGUUUAUUGCUCUGUUCACAGUUGCCGGGGAAAUUUGGAAAAUCGCUCAAUUAACUAACGUUAAAAAAUUCUGACUCAAUAUAGCAAAGCUAACUGUUGACUCUCUUGUUUUGUUGUCGUCAUGGUUGUUUCUUUAAUUUGUAAGGUUGGGUUUUCGGUACGAAAAGAUUGACAUGCACCAGUGAAAACGUAACUUGCCCGUCCCAGAGGAUCAUACCAAAAAUAUCAAAACAGAUAUGUAACGUUCAUCGCCGGAGUAAAAAAAAUAAAAAAAUAAAAGAUCAAGUCAUUCCGAGAAUACGUGCCCUAAACUAGAGUCUACAAAUCAUUUCAUGACCCCAAAAAAUUCUUUCAAGAAAAGUUUCGUCACUAAGCUUCGUGAAGGUUGUAAAGCACUCGUAACCAGAAAAAGCUAAGCGCAAAUACAGCACAACUAAAAUUUUGUUCAAAAAUACAGGAUCUCAGUAAUUUUUAUCUACUCUUGUUCUGCCCUGAAAAAAUUUUUUCAAGGAAAAUGUUGUCUCUUAGCCUCAUAAACUUUUUGCAGCUCCAGUAGGUUAGAUAAAGCUUAUCUUUCUCCAUCCCGGCAUAAACAAUGAAUGUCAGCUUGAUAUGUAAACAGAAAUCAAUCUGUUGAUAUUAGAAAAUGAGAAAAUUGCCGAGAGGGUCGAAAGAGAGCUCCAGAGUCAUUAUUUCUCAUUCAGGGCUGUUAGGAAGCACAAGUCCUUUGCUUCGUAUCACCAGAAUCCGCGUAAACAAAUGAACCACCCUAAAUCACAACUAAGGUAAGGUAAUCUAUAUACUGCACAGUCUAAUAUGGACAUCCAAGGUACAGCACCAAGUGAUAUAAUAAUAAGGCGACACGUUAAAUAGAAGAUUGCAUGAUAUUGUUAAAUUUGAUUUCGAUCCAAUGCAACGUCUUCAAAAGAGGGGGCUAUAUUGAGCCCCUUCUUAUUUUUUGGCACAUUCAUCACUGUGACGUCGGUGGAAUGCAAGACACAGCAUUUCCUGAGUCUUUCCUGGGUUUUAAGUCAUCUGCCAGUCAUGGUAGCAGCAACUAUUCAUUCAUUAUGUUCACAUUGCUGAUCUCAGAGAAUAGAGCACGAACCUACUGAUCUGGUCUUUGGAAGGUCACAAGUUUAAAUUUUGUCAGGGACUUGAGAUUUUGCCCAACGCUAUUGACAAGAGUAAAAUUUUCCAUUUCCUUCAUUUAUUACCAAACUUUACGCUCUUGACAAUGCUGAUCCUAGUAGCAUACAGAACGCUUGUAACAUAUAGAAUGAGUGUGCUCUUCACGAGUCUGGCUUCAGUCUCUCCGUGGCUCGUAAGAAUGCGCCGGGGAAAGAGAGCCAGCCGGUAAUUGGAAGAUAUUAGGUUCGAAUCCAGUUGGAGACUCAAGAAAUUUUCUUUGUCCUUCACUCAUGACAUGACGUAAACUACAUGACUUCCACAGACUUUCUUCACAGUAAAUUAUGUUGUUACUGGCUCGUAGAAACUUGUUAAAGUGCUUAUGUGCUCUGGAUUUUGCCCCUGAUUCGCUCGGAUAAAACCGGCUUGAUAUUGUGGCUUAAUUUGCAACAGCUGUGAUGUCUUCUACAAAAAUACAAUUAUAAAGGAAAUUUAUCUUUAUUCUGCAGUUUACAAUAGCUCUAGAAAUGUUUUUUUGUUGUUUUGCCUUAAAUUCGAAAUCUAACUUACUUUUCGAAUAUCUUUUUUGAUAGGGUAUACACGAUGAAAGUAUUUUUCAUCUUAGUUUGCAUUACCCCUCCUGUUAGUCUUUUACUGAUAAGGGAAGACAUGCGCCGUUCAUCUACUGUAAGUACCAAGGAUAAUCACGUGCUCAGAGGAUACACCAUUCACAAACAGCGGACUUAUGACCUCCUGUCAUGCGCACAAUUAUGUUUGGCACGGUCAAACUGCAUGUCUUUUAACUAUGAAAACAUCGAAAAUGGAGAUUGUGAACUAAAUGAAGAAGCAACUGACGCGAGUAUCCACGGAGCUCUCACCACUCAAAGGGGGUAUACCUUUGGACAGUUCGUCAACUUAAGCGUGAGUAGUACUUAAUGCUAUUAUUAAAUUCAACCCUCAUUUUGGGAUUUCUGUUUUUGAUUCCGACUCCAACCCCACCCCGCCCCCCCAAAUAACUUAAAUUGAAUAAAUGACCCCUCACGUAAAACACAUACACUGAUUGAAUGCGUUUUGCUUGUUUUCCGCCUUUCCUGGACAGAGACCUGACCAGUGGGGAUGAGCAAGAAUACAGCCUGCUAGCAAGCUAUGCUCCACCCUACGCAGCAAUCUUUCAAUCUUUAUCUCGAUUAGUCCAACUCACCUAGAUUGACAAAUGUAGGCAAACUCUCCUACGUCCUCCACGAAGCGUGAAAUUUGGCCCAUUUUAACGUCGUAAUCGUGCGGUGUCAGCAAAGAAAUGUACAAAAAAGCAUGAUGCAUGUGCAGAGUUGUUGGUUUGCUUAUUAAACCUAUUGCUUAACGGUCGUCGCCGUUCUCGUUGCCGUCACCGUCGUCAGAUCUUAAGUCCCCAAGAGAAGUAAUGUUCAGAAGAGAAAUAACACAAAAUUGAGCUGCAUUUCAUAUCCUUUUUAGGAGCCAGUAUUUUCAGCCGGAGGAAAACAUCAUGGUAAGAUAAGAGCAAUGUAGGUGUUAAUUUACUGAGUUUGCUUCAGGACUGAGACGAUUUGACCACCAGCCGAGUUAUUUAAGUCAUAACGUUUUUUUUUUUUCAGACCAGAAAUACGUCUUUACGACACUGGGUGCCAGAGGAGAAACUGGGCCAAGUGAUUUAUCUGGAUAUGCAGGAACGUCACUGGAAGGAAAAGUUACUUUAAACAACGGAAUCCAAAUUUGGACUGUGCCCGUGACUGGAACUUACGUUAUUGAAGCAUCAGGUGCUUCUGGCGGAAAUGGUACCGACGGAACACAACCUUAUCCGCUUCCUUGGAGGCUUGGUGGCUUAGGCGCAAAGAUAAUAGGAUCCUUCAAACUUUCACGAGGAAGUCAAAUCAAAAUCCUAGUCGGACAGGAGGGUGGUACAUCUAUAACCUUCGCAGAUAGACCAGGGGGAGGGGGUGGUGGAACGUUUGUAACCCUAUCUGAUAACACUCCACUUAUAAUUGCCGGUGGGGGAGGAGGUGGAGGGCCAACACGUAACCAAUUUACCGACGGUGACCCCGGUCAGGCGACAGCGAAUGGGACCCAGUGUGGAGGAACAGGGGGCCACGGGGGACAAGUCUGCAGUGUUGACACGGGAAAAAAUGAUUCUACAUUAACAUCUGGAGCAGGAGCAGGACUAAGAGGGGAUGGGAAAGGCGGUGUUGCAAUUGCAACCGGGGCGUUGAGUUUUACCAAAGGGGGAACUGGGGGAACAUGUCCAGCUUCCCCUGGUGGUUUUGGCGGAGGUGGGUUUGCUAUGGUUAAUGGAGGGGGAGGGGGUGGUUAUUCCGGUGGGGGAGUAGUGGGAACUAAAACUAAAGGAACCGCUGGGGGAGGCGGAUCAUAUAAUAACGGUACAGAUCAGAAGAACAUGGCGGGGGUCAACAAAGGCGAUGGUGAAGUUAUAAUAACUUUGAUACGUUAA